AGCGUAUAUAAAACGAAGUCAUUAUCUGUUAAAACUCUAAGUAAGCUCGUUUUUCAGAAUCUUUUAAUAAGUGACAAAAUGUUUGGCAGUAAGUUCUUCGUGUUGUUUUUUGUUGGCAUCCUAAUUUCUGAGAUAAGCUCCGCCAAUGUAAGAGAGUUGGCAAAGCAAUAUGAGGCACGUUUAAAAGGAGAAAACAAUCAACAAAGUAGUUCUUAUGAAACCACACCGGCAAGGAAAUCACCUUCAGUUAAAGAAAUGGCGAGUAAAAUUGACAAACGUGUAACUAAUCCAAUUACUCCCAGUACUGAAUUAAGCAAACCUGAAGUGUCACAAACGCAAGAAGAACAAUCUCCCCAAAUUGCUGCCACUUCUCAAUCUUAUACACCAACAUCUUCAAACCAAAUUGAGUCAAAUUCACCAGCGCCUAUUUCGGAAACCACACCAAUUUUGAAGGGACAUGGUCAAGCGAAAGCAUCGCAAGAGUCGGCUUCUAAGGUCAUGGCAAAAAAACCAAUGAACACAAGUUACAUGUACAACUUGCAAGAUUUAUUCAAAAAAGCACAACAUAAUGCAAUUUAUUUGAAUAAAAUAUCCGAUGGUGAUCGUUAUGAAUUAUAUGCACUACGUAUGCAGGCUACAGUUGGUGAUUGUAAAACUGCUCGUCCACAAUCGAAAGGAGCCGCCGAAUGGGAUGCAUGGAACCACAAAAAAGGCACCAAUCAAGAAAAGGCAAAACAAGAUUAUGUGAAUAAGGUUAAGGAUUUGGUGAAAAGAGUCGGUUUAAAAUAAAUCCACGUUGACACAAAAACCAUAUCUAUGGGUGAGAUCUAAAAGAACGUAUGUUUUUUUUUCGCUAUAAAUUUUGGAAAAGGAAUGUAUGUGUUUUGCCAAUUCUGUCUUACUAAAAGGAAAGUAUGUUUCGCACCAAAUAAAUUUUGCAAAAGGAAAGUAAGUGAUUCUGAAUCAGUUGUUAAAAAAGGGAUGCAUGUUUAACGAUGAUUUUUCUGGAACUGGGCUUCAAUGGAUCCUCAGGAUCAUCAGAACGCUCCCAGUUCUGGAAGUGGGUUUUGGUGGAUCCUCAGGAUGGAC